CUCUCUCUCUCUCUCUCUCUCUCUGUGUGUGUGUGUGGGAGUGCUGGUGGAGUUUGUCCUUGUCCCUGUGUCUGAGAGUCUGGGGCACUUUGAGAAGAGGAAGGUGCUGAGUAAUUUGAUCAUUUAAAAGCUUCCCAUGACCUUGUGGCAAAGCAGCCACCAGCAAUUUGUUUGUGAAGCAGAUCCAGGAAGGAUCCCCCUUCUUCGUUCCCAGCCUCAGCAGUUACAACCAGCCAAUCCUUCUGUUACAGCUACUGCAAGCUUUUGGAGCCACUGAGUCACACUGGAGCGAAAUGUAGACGGAGACAGCGCCGAAAUUGUUCCUCAUUGCAGCUUCAAGGAGAAAGGAGUGAUUUGAUCCUGACAGAAAGGGAAGGCGGGAGUCUAGCUUGCUCGCGAUGUCUUCUCGCACAGGACUGCGCAUGCAGCUAAUGCGAGAGCAGCUGCAGCAGGAGGAGCAGCGGGAGAGAGAGCAACAGCAGCAGGCAGCCUUGCAUUACAUGCAGCAGCGCAUGGCAGUUACUGCCACACCUGCCAUCAAUGUCAGCAGCAUUGCAACCUACCAGCCCAGGCCGCAAGUUCCUAUGGAAGUUCUAAAGGUCGAGACUCACUUGGAGAAUCCCACAAAGUAUCAUAUCCAGCAAUCACAGAGGCAGCAGGUGAAACAGUAUCUCUCCACUACGUUGGGCAACAAGUUUGCUGCUCAACCCCUGUCGAUGGGACACUCGCACCCUGUACAGCCUUCAGCUGUCUCCCCUGGUCUCAGAAAUGAUCAUGUGAUGUCUAGCUCUACUGGAAACAGCGCUCCCAACAGCCCAAUGGCCAUGCUCAACAUUGGCUCCAAUCCAGGACGAGAGAUAGAUGAUGUGAUCGAUGAUAUAAUUAGUCUUGAAUCCAGCUACAAUGAUGACAUUCUGGGAUUCGCUGACCCCACUCUUCAGGCACCAAACACUUUGCCACUUUCCACUAGUCAUUUGGAGGUUUACUCGAACCAUGGCAUUGCGGCACCCACAAGUACUUCAUGUCCGGCCAAUAUCACCAUCAAACGGGAAAUGUCAGAAGCACGUGCCUUGGCUAAAGAGCGACAGAAGAAAGAUAAUCACAACCUGAUUGAACGCAGGCGAAGGUUUAACAUCAAUGAUCGAAUAAAAGAGUUGGGAAUGCUUAUUCCCAAAUCCAACGACCUUGACGUUCGCUGGAACAAGGGGACGAUAUUGAAAGCCUCUGUGGAGUACAUCAAAAGGCUCCAGAAAGAGCAGCAAAGAACCAGGGAGAUGGAGGGUCAAUCGAAGAGGCUGGAGAUAACCAACAGCCACCUCCGCUUUCGCAUUCAGGAACUGGAGAUGCAAGCACAGGCCCAUGGACUAUCCACAGUCUCACCCUCAGGGUUAAACACGUCAGACCUCACCAGCUCCUCCUCCCUCAAACCGAACGAGAAUAUCAUGGACAUGUUUCAACACCAGCAGCCACAACAUCUGCAACCUCCUCAAAGCCAGCUGGACUUUCCUCAGGCCCUCGACUUCUGUGACAGCUCGCUGGGUUUCACUGACCCCAUGAACCAAUUUGCUGACCUCUCCUUCAGCAUUCCUGCCAAAAAGGAGUACCAGCUGGAUGAGAUGCUGAUGAUGGACGAUGCAAUCUCUCCCAUGGGGAGAGACCCCUUACUCUCCUCAGGGUCACCAGAGGCAUCGAAAGCCAGCAGCCGAAGGAGCAGCAUUAGCAUAGACGAUGCUGAUAUUCUGUGACACUCACUCACUCACUCACUCACGCUCUCUCUCACUCACUCACGCUCUCUCUCACUCACUCACGCUCUCUCUCACACACACACAGACACACAGAUGCACUUACACUCAUGCUCACAGACACAUUAUCACAUUCGGACACAUACAUACACAUACUCUCACAGACACACCCACAUACACCUUCGCAGACACACUGAUGCGCCGACAUGCACACGCACACUCUCUGUCUCACACACACACACUCGCGUGCACACACUCACUCUCGCAGACACACUUACACACACACAAACACACUCAUACAGUAUAAACUAUUGGUUAGGGUUCAGCCUUCUAAGGUUUGGAAAAUUGCCUGGAGCUUUGACUGAAUUGAAGAAUGUGUCAAACGUUCCUCUCUCUUUCAACUGGAUUCUCUGAGUUUGAAGAUUUUCAUAUUGCCAUGUCAUUUUGCAGACUGUGUUUUACAGUGACUUAUUGUGACAGCCUCUCCCUCUGCCUGUCCUGUUUGUAUUGUGACCCAGGAACCUCGUUUACAAACCAGCAUCAAACCAGCACUUCCAAAGGAGGGGAGCAGUACCGCAGACAGGGUGCUCUCUUUCUCUUUGUCCCCCCCGUCUCUCUCUCUCUCUCCCCCCCGCCGUCUCUCAGGUACACUUAGGCUGUCCUUUUCUGAGUGAUGCCUUGGCUUGACAGCUUGUAUCUUUAAAACAAUCUCUGCUGAGUUCAGUGAAAUGCCCGUGAGGUUUUGGUGGGGUGGACAGUCUCCUGAUAACAUUUCAAAAUUGGAUUUUCGAAAAACUCCUGAAAUUGUUAAAAUUCCCAAGGUUCCCCAGCGGUUUGUUGAGCUGAUGUUGAUUUUGCUGUUGUCACCGAGUUAUGCUGAGCGUCAGCUUUUGGGCAGGUCCUUUAUCUGCAUUGAUUUAGCUGACCUUGGCCAAGCAGACAGUUGGACUCAGCACCUCUCGUGAAUAAACAAAAAGCUCUUGUCCCCAUUAAUUAUCCUGCGACGCCUGUGGGUCCCAGUAUUUAGUAAACUGGCUUCUGCCCACCUUGAACUCAGUUCUUCUGGUUACAGACGUGGCAAACUCCUGUUGCAGGACCACAGAAUUGUUUUUGUGCACGUAGAGACCUGGACUGGUUCUGUUACCCAGUGCCAAUUUCCUGCCUUUUCCCCAUCUCCCUGCACACCAUUUCAUUCCAAAUCACCAUUUAAUGUUCUAUUGAAUGUCUCAAUUGAACCUGCCUCUACUGCAUUCCUUCACUGUGUGUCCCAGACUUUGUUAGUUGCUCCAAAAGAGAAAAGGUGAAAAUGGGAGGUUUCUGUGGCUGCGACAUUGAACCUGUUGACUGCUGUCAGGUUGAUUUUUACAUCAGAAACCCUGCAAGUGGGGCCUGGGGCUGCCAGUAAGAUGACAGGGAAUGUGCAUUUGUGCAGGUUUCCUGUGUUCUCUGGUACUUCAGUUUGAAUUCAGAGAUGGAAAAGCAGUCAACAGAUAUAGGAUCGCCUUGCUCCUCACAAUGUCACAGUUGUAUUUGGAAUCCUUCUGAAUAAUCUGUGCACAGUUUUAACUGUAGGCCACACUGAAGCCUGCAGCAUCUUCAAUCUCCAGUCUGCCGAAUAGAUGGGACUCAAGUAAGUGAUAAAAGCAUUUAACCAGUCAAGAAGCUUUAGAAAAGAGGAACAGGAGGUAAACUGGCUGACAUGGGGAAGGCAGCUAGUUUUCUCUUCAAUGAUUCAUUCACUUCCCCUUUCAAAAGGUACUUUGCUUCACUGCCCCUUCACACAGUGCAUUUUAGACCAUUACAACUCAAUGCAUUGAGACAUUCUGUCAUCACCCUCUGCUGUUUUACCAAUUGUCCUCCAUUUGUAAUGCUAUGGUUACUGUGUUUCCUCCAUUGGAAACAGUUUUCUUUAUCUGUUGAUCACAAUUCUUGUUGAUUUUGUGCACUUUUAUUGAGCCACCAUGUAAUCUUCUCUGCUCUGUGGAAAACAAUCCUAGUUUUUCCAGUGGUAGCAGGAACUGCAGAUGCUGGAGAAUCUGAGAUAACAAGGUAUAGA